GGAAGCCCGGUCUACUCUACGGAGGCCGAUCUGUGCCUGUGUUUAAUAAUCAACGAAGCUCAGCCUCUAAUGAACGGGACGGAACACAAACACCAGCUGGUCUGUUAUUCCAACAACUCCUUAAAUAAUGCGAAUUUUAAAGUCAUGUUUCUCUGAUGAAUCCCAUGGCUAACCUAUCGCCACCAAGCCCUUCUAGAUCUCCCGGCCCUUCAAGAAUGUCUCGAAAAUGGGCUAGAAAGUGCGAACGUUAUUGUUGCAUUGGCGCAACUUACUUCCCCCUUGUAUUUGUGUACAGUAUUACAACAUGGGCUGUCUGGGUAGAAACUACAAUUGGAUUUCUGGCAGACGGCAGCAGAACACACUGGAUAGGAAAGGGGACGUCAUUUCUAGGAAUCAUUAUAUAUCUCCUCCUGAAUUGGUCAUACACGACUGCGGUCUUCACGAGUCCAGGAACUACCACGGCCGCAAACCAUGGAUAUAGCGCCCUUCCGACACACAAUCCUGUGGCAACAAACUUCACGGUGAAAUCGAACGGGGAAUUGCGCUAUUGCAAGAAAUGUCAGGCAAGAAAGCCAGAUCGAACUCACCAUUGCUCAACAUGCGGAAUCUGUGUGUUAAAGAUGGAUCAUCAUUGCCCGUGGUUAGCUACCUGCGUUGGACUGCGGAAUUAUAAGGCCUUCCUCUUAUUCCUAAUAUAUACAACAUUAUUCUGUUUUCUCUGUUUCGCAGUCUCCGGGACUUGGGUUUGGAGGGAGAUUCUGAGCGAUGGAGAAUAUACCGAUUCGUUGUUACCCGUCAAUUAUGUGAUGCUAGUGGUAAUUUCCGGAAUUAUAGGAUUGGUCUUAGCAGGUUUUACAGGAUGGCAUAUUUUACUAUCAUCCCGCGGUCAAACGACAAUCGAGUGCCUCGAGAAGACGAGAUAUUUAUCUCCAUUGAGAAAGACUAUGCAACAUCAACACAUCCCUGAAGAUCAAGGUCAUGGAUCAUACGAACAAUUAGAGAGAGCUCGAGCAAGAAAUCGAUAUGAGGAAUAUCUUGACGAACAAGAUUCAGAAAAAUUACCUAGCGCUUUUGAUCUUGGGUGGAGGAGAAACUUCAAGCAUUUAUUUGGACCCAGGGCAUUAUUAUGGGCGGUUCCUAUACCCACUACCACUGGAGAUGGAUGGAGUUGGGAGGCAAGUCCAAAAUGGUUGGAGGCUCGAGAAAAGCUUGCCCGAGAGAGAGAAGAACAAAGAAAUAGAGAAAGAGCUGCUGGCUGGGGCGAGCCAGAAUAUCCAAUGGUACCCCUUCCAAGAUCGGAGGGAGCUGGCAGACAUUAUGUUUCUUAUCCCACACAACCUGCUAGAGCCAACCGUCAAUCCAAAGCAGACCGAAUCUUGGGGCGCAGUCCUAAUCAAUAUGUGGAUGAAGCAGACUCGAACUCCGUCUCGAUGCAAACACUGCAGCCUAGAGACAGCGAUGAAGAUCCUUACGAAAUAAGUAGUGACGAGGAUGAGGCCGAAAGAAAAAUCCUCGACCGAAAAGCUGCUGCUGGGUGGCCCCAGAGAGUUGGGGUGGUUACGAAUACAUUAUUAGGAAAUACGAUAGCACGACAAAAGGAUGACACGAGAGAAUGGGAUGGACAUGGACAUGGACACGAUGAUGAUAUAGACUAAUAGUCGGUUCUUGUAAGCGGCCUCCUAGUUCCUAGCCGGGGAAAGCGAUUGUCCCCGGAAAGCGGUUGUUCUCUUAGAUUUUUCAUAGGCGAUUUAUUCAAUUCCCAAAAUAAAACCAUGAAUUUAAUAAUAUAAUUUGUUUUCAGAUAGUAUAACAUUUUUUGAACGGGGACAACCGCUUCCCCCGACUAGAAACUAGGAGGCCGCUUACAAGAACCGACUACUAGAUUUCAAGGUUUACAACGUUUUUCUCCGGGUUGGAGAUCAUCAAUUUCGUCCUUUGUAUGAUACAGAUUAAGCUUUGGAUACUCAUAAUGUCGGUGGAUGGAUGGAUGGAUAUACGGAAUCUCGAAAUAUGCUAUCUUAUAAUAUUAUCAUGUCUAUGAUCGAACAAAGCCACCGCAGAAAAUCUUCUAUAGGUCGUCUCGUAUAUUCUCUCCCUUGCAAAUCGCUUCAACACUCCUCUACCUUUCACCUCCUUUUCCUCACGCUCUAUUUUGUCCCUGGCUCUAGGUUUGCUCGGCUGCUACUCCUUAUCUUCUCGGAUUGACAACAGUAUAACACACAUGAAUGCAUAUCUCAACGGGUGAAAAGAACCGUGAUCUGAUAUCUCAAAAUCCAAACGCACACCUAGGCAGUCAGAUAAGCGGCUAGGAGGUGCAUUCUAGAUGGAUAGACAUCGACCCAUCUAACUCACCCCUUUCUGAGAUUGGAACUGGCGAGGAAUGAAAUGGGUGGUGUGAGAAGGGUGGUCUGGUGGAUCCA